AUGAAUUAAUCAUAUACUCGAAUAGAGAUAAAUUUGGAAACAGUUGAAACUAUUUGGAUUCAACAAACAGGAUUUUUGGAGAGGAUUACAAAAUAAAGUAGAGUCAAUUUCUAUUACUUUAAAAAUAUGAUUAUUUUGGAAGGUAUUGGUUUCUAUGUUAAAAAGGUAAAAUAAAUUAAUGUAAUAAUGCUGCUAAGAUAAUUUGUCAGAAAGUUUAUGAAGAUUUUAUAAUGCAAAUUGAGUAAUUUCAUAAUGAAGAAGAGAUCUAACCAUUUUAUUAAUUAUUUUAAUAACCCCAAUAUAGAGAAUUAUGCUAAAACAACCAAGGAUUUCGAAUAUAUUCAAAAUAAUCCUUGAUGAAAGAAAUUUAAAAUAUGAUGUAGCAAGGAUAUUAACCUAAUUAUCCUGUUCUACCAUAACAUUUUAUAAUAACAUGGUUUCCUAGAACAAAUAUGUUUUACAUAUAAUAAUGUAUCUAUAAUAUGAUUGGUUAUUAAUAUAGUUAUUAGGGUUUGAAAUAACAAUUCAAAUACCAUAAAUAAUUGAACAUUACUGUUUUAGAAGCAAUAUCAAUCUAUCUAAUUUUGGAUGUGUAAAAUAUUAUGAAUUAAUUUUCAUCAAUUAUUGAAAUCAAUUAAAUACCAAAUCAAUGUUUCUUGGUUAUCAAAGCAAAUAAUUAAUAAUCUUUUUAAGAUGUAUUAAUGAUUUUAGAUAAUCAUUUGGUAAAUAAUUAAUUCUGGCCUAUUACUUAUUUAGAAAUGAAAUUAAGUUCUAAUAAACUCUUUUGUUUAGAAAAAACUAUAGAUGAUUAAGUAAGAACUACAUCAGGUGUUAAGAUAUAUUCAUAUGAUGAAGUAUUACAUGAAUCAUAGAGAUUAGAUAAAAUAUUUGAUAUAAAUUUAAAACAAAUUAUAAUUGAAAGAUACUGUAUCUAUUUAAUUGAUUAAUAUAGGUUCUGAUUAAAUAUUUGUAUAUGCUGAUCAAGAUAAGUAAGCUGAAAUAACAGAUUAAAUUAUUUAAAUUGUAAGAAAACCAAAAUAGAAUAUACGAGUAGAUUAAGAAGAUAGAUUUUAAUAAUAAUAAUUCUAUUAUAAAGAAACUUCAAAUAAACUAAUUAAAAAUAAAAAAAAGGCUAAUUAAAAAAAACGAUUUCCUUUUAUAGACAAUCAUAGAAAAUCGUAUUAGGAUCAGUUUCAAUUUUAUGACUAAAAAUAAUUUGAAUUACAAAAGAAUUCACAUAUAUAAUAUCCUAAUAAGACGUUUAGAGAACAAACUAUAUAGAAUGAAGAUUAAAAUAAUUAAUUUGAUGUACAUAAUUAAUUUGAUUCAAAUAAUUAAUUUGAUCCAAAUAAUUAAAUUGAUAUACCGUUAAAAAACUAUAAAAAGUGUACUAAAAACUUUGAUAUGCCUAAAAGGACAAUAUAAAAUAAAAAGAAAUAAAAGCAUAACUACCAAAGAUAGGAAAUAAUGGAUAUCUCUUUGAAUAAUGCAGAUGUAAAAAUAUAUCAAAAUACAUAUAAUUAUUAAUAUUAAUAAUAAUAAUAUUAAGAAGAAGAGAAAUCUUCUUAGCUUUUAUAAGUAGAAGAUUUAAAUAAAUCAAUUCAAUGUUAAGUAAUUAAAAUAGAACUAUUUUAAUAUUAAAUAAUUUAUACUUAGAAUAAUCUUUAAAGUAAUAGAAAAAUUAACUUUAAAGAAUUAAAGAAAUCAUUUGAAGAGUUUCAAAAUAUAUAUUAUAAUUUAUAACAUGAAAUUCUAUUAUAAUUUGAUACUGAUAGUAUAAUAAUGAAUAUUAAAUGUAAAUAAUAAGACGAGAUAAAUUUAAUUAAAUAGAUUUUUCAUAAAUAUUUUUUAUAAUCUAUGUAUUUUGUAACUUAAAAUUCAACAUAAGCAUUGAAUUUAGUAGAUACUUUGAAAUAAAAUUGCAAAGUAGAAUAUUUUCCAACUAAAACAGAGUUAUCAGGAUUUUUGAAUGAAUAAUAAUUUAAAGAGUUAGAGUUAAUUCUUAAUGGUUAACAAUUGGCUAUCAAAAUUAAUAAUUAUUCAUAUAGGCAUCAAUAAUUCUUAAAAGGGAAAUUUAAUGAUUUUAUGAAUUAAUAGUCUAGUAAUUAGAAUUCUUCAAUCUUAGAUAUAUCUAAAUAAGGUACAAAUAAUACAAAGGUAAUUAUAAUAUCUGAAGAUUAAUUGAAAUAUUUAUAAUAAGAAUUUCCAGAUUUGGAAGCAUGUUAAUUGAGAAAAUUCAAUUAGUAUUUUGAUUUGGCCUUUUAUUUUGUAUAGAUUGAAGAUAUUGAAGAAAUUUUAGAGAAUGCCAAGGUUGAAUUUAAAAGAAGAAAUGAAAUAUAUGUUAAGGAUUAAGUUUAAAUGAAGAAACAAGAGAAUUAAAAAAAAGGUUGGAUGAUAUAAUUUAAGAAUGAUUAAAAUUAUGAAGCUUCAGAAUUAUAUUGUUAUAAUAUGAUGGAAGCGUUUUAUACUGAAUUACUAAAUGAUAUAAAUGAUAUUUAAAUGAAUAUAGAAGAAUAUUAAGCUAAUUAGAAUUUAUCAAUGUAUUAUGAAGCCAUUAUUGAGUUGGGUGAUAAAGUAUUGAAUCCCAAUGAUCCUGAUAGUAUUGAGAAAUUAUUAUUUAAAUCAGAUUUUAAAUGUAUAUAAAUAGUAUGAUUAUUAAUAGUCUAACCAAAAAUGAUGAGUCGAAUAGAUUAGCCUUAAGGAACAUUUAUCACACUCUGGAUUCGUAAUUAGGAGGAUAAUUUGAGUUAAAUGUAAAUGAUUUAAAAAAAUAAAAUCCUUCCUAGGUAUUUGAUUGAUAUUUAUAUUAUUUUAGAGGUUAUAUCCAGAAAAAGUGA